ACAACAGAGUCCAUCCGGACCCAAUCCAAACACUUUUAUGAAACUUCAACACAUGACUACACGGAUUUCCCUUUGGUAUAGGCAUACCCGAUAGCUUUGGUGGUUUUGUGAUUACACAAAAAUAUUGAGGAAAAACACCGUGGGAAUUCUUUCUCGGACACCAAUACCAAAGACCGACAGGACGCAAGCUGAGAUCAGAUACUCAAACACCGGACAAAGUGACGCAGUGCAUAGCAGAGGCUGAUUCACCUAGACGGAUGAGUGGUUUCCAAAGCCUUUAAGAAGACCGGAAAGUCAACAUACCAUUGCAUUGAGGUUUCACCCAACCCCCUAUUAUUAUAAAUAUAAGAAGAAGAUGCGUGUGAAAUAUUUAGCAAAACGGUUAGCAGCAAUAGCCGUCUUUGCAAACAUAGCGUUGGUGACUGUACCUUUUCUCUCAGCCGAUGUGAUUCCCAAUCAUAAUAUAUUGGUGUCUAUAAAAACUCGUCUUCAAGGGCUGCAGCGAGGUCUCCAGGUGACGUCUGAUUUAGUUGCACCCCUCCCCUCCUGUGUUACUUGUUGCUAUCGGUACAUUCACUGUUUGAACUCCACUGAAUGCGGUAACAACACAUUUGUCAAAGCUAACUUGCCGUAUGACGAAAUUGUAAAACGGCAGUGCAAGCGUCGGCUGCCCGGGGCCAUCAUUAUCGGCACGAAAAAGUCCGGGACGUCGGCACUGCAGAAGUUCUUGGGCUUCCACCCGGAGAUUGCCGCAGCAGACGGGGAGCCACAUUUCUUCAACAGGCCGGUGUACCACUACGGAGAAACAUUCUACAAGAAGAUGAUGCCGCUUAGCUCCAAGCAGCAGAUCACUCUUGAAAAGACCCCCAUCUACUAUGCUUACCACCCACUGGGCGUCCACCGUCGAGUUCACAGGUUACUACCGCGUGCUAAGCUCAUCAUCAUACUCAGGGAUCCCAUCAAAAGAGCCAUCUCAGACUACUUCAUGGAGACCAGGUAUUUAUUGGCAUCGGGCGGGAAGCUCUCACCGAAAAGACUUGAACCCUUACACGGAUACGAUCUCGGGGAUACCUUUGAGAAGUCAGUUUUGACUGCGGCAGGCGGUAAGGUGAACCCACAAAGUAAAUUCGUGUCCCUCUCAGUCUACAAUAACUCUUUAGCUCACUGGUUAUCCUUUUUCCCGCGGAGUAGUCUUCUCGCCAUCGAUGGGGAUGCAUUCGUCAAAGACCCCCUGCCGGCCCUCAAAGAAACUGAACACUUCUUGGGAGUCCAGAGUUUCUUUGAUGAGGAUUCAUUCUUCACCGAAGAGAAUCGUGGGUUCCGCUGCCUGGCUAAGCCCGUCAGGACGUGCUGGAAGAGCGUCAAACGACCGCCCCACCCAACGAUCCCAGAAGACGUCCUUCAAAAACUUAAGAAGUUUUACGAACCAUACAAUCGAAGUCUAGUUAAACUACUUAAUCAGACGUUUGAAUGGAUAAAGUAAAACAUAACACAACACCUGCAUUCAGAAGUUAUGAUUUUGUAAUUGUCGAAGUUUAGGGAUAAUAAUGGAAGAAAAACACCCUUGUCGCACGAAUUAAUUUGUGUGUGCUUUCAGAUGCACGAUU